AUGCACUUCAUUAAGACUUCCAUUGCCCUCCUCGGAGCUCUUGCCUCCACCGCGGCAGCCCUCCCCGUUCAAGAGAACUCUAUCGUGGCUCGCGAGCCUUCCAAGCAGAAAUAUGAUACGUAUGAUGCUGCUCAAGAGGUAGAGAAGCGCCAACCCUCUAAGCAAAAGUACGACACCUACGAUGCUGCUGUCGAGCAUGAGCACGAGAAACGCGGAAAGCAGAAGUAUGACACUUACGACGCUGCUGUUGAGCAUGAGCACGAAAAACGUGGGAAACAGAAGUACGACACCUAUGAUGUUGCUGUCGAGCACGAGAAUGAGAAACGCGGGAAGCAGAAGUACGAUACCUAUGAUGUUGCUGUCGAGCAUGAGAAUGAGAAACGCGGGAAGCAGAAGUAUGACACCUACGAUGCUACUAUGGAGCAUGAGCAUGAGAAGCGCGGGAAGCAGAAGUACGACACUUAUGAUGCUGCUCAGCAAGAGUAA